AUGAUGUCUCGAUCCACCUCUCUGCUUCGAAAAGCCCCUAUCUCUCUCAGACCGGCGGUAUCUGUUAGAUUCUACGCUACUCCCAAUCAACCGAUUCAACCCAAUUCCGGCUUAGCCAAUGGUCCAGCUACUCCCCCUUCAUCCGGCCCAGGAGGUCCCGCAGGCUCAGCAGGAAGCACCACCAACACUAGCCCCGCACUCAUGUACGGCGGUGGAGCAAUCGCUCUCGUCGGAUUAGGAUACUACUUCUUCGGUGGAGGAUCAUUGAACUCAAGGGCAAGUGCACCGGUCCAACAUGCUGAAGCAGCAAUGCACCAAGGUGAAGGAUAUGUAAAAGGUUUCGCUGGUCAAGCUGAGGGAACAUCCCAAGGCUUAGUGAACAAAGCUUCUGGUAAAGCAUCUGAACUUUCCGGAAAGGCAAAGGGUCAAUACGAAGAACUGGCUGGAAAGGCUAAAGGAUCUUACGAAGAAGCUAAAGGUGAAGUCAAGAAAGCAAUGAAGUAA